AUGAGUUAUCCACCACACGGGCCACCACCAUCAUACUAUGGUCCACCAGGCUGGGGGCCCCCACCUCCCGGAGCACCCUGGCCGUACCCACCGCCAGACCACGGUCAUCAACCACCCCCUCCACCACCAGGCUCGUCUUACCCGUACUACGUCCCAGGAACGGUAAUGGUGCCAGUACCAAUGAUGCCAGCAGCACCACCACCCACAGAAUCCGGCCAACCCACAUACAUAACUAACUACAUUUAUCACGGUGAAAGUUCAAACCAACCAGACAAAGUGCAAGUAGCUGAAAUUGCGGGGGAUUUCAACUGGGUGCCCACUACUGCUACCACAGCUGGUCAUCUAUCGGGGAAAGCGGUGUUAGGAGGCCACGAGGGCUGGGACGGAAGUGCUCUAUGGGUGAUCCGAGCUUGGCAUAACGGGGAUUUGCUACCGGGGAAACUUUCUGUCCGACACCAGGCGGCUUCUGUGAUGUAUAAUGGGAAAGAGGUGCCGGUACAAAACAUUGAGGUGUUGUGUGCUAAGCCCGACAGUUUGAGGUGGGUUCCAGCGUCCAACGGUAGCGUUCCUCCUGGAGCGAUUUCUGGAGGUAAGACGAGUACGGGAGAGGUGCUUUACGUGGGCAGAGCGAGACAUCAGCUGUCGGUUACUCCUGGAAAAGUGCAUCCAAGCCACAAUUGCUGUUACAUAGGAUUCGCUGGCGCCGAAGUAUCGCAUAAAAUGUAUGACGUACUGUGCAGAAUAAGUUGAGGGAACAUUCUAGAACAUUUGUUCUAGAUAAUAUUGAGGAAUAUUUUUAUCACCUUGUAUU